GUUGUUUAGAUGAAUCAAACUUCAGGGGUUGUUUGUAUAAAUUUUUCAAAUGUGGGGGUUCUAUCUGUAAUUUAACCUAACAUCAAGGACAUCAAGUAUAAUACUUUUCCAAUUACCCCAAAGUAAAUUACAGUAAUUUAAUUUCUCAGAUCACCACUCCGGCGGAAGUUGAAAAAUGGCGACGACGAUUUCGGUGUGUUCAUCCAUUGGGUCCCGAUUGCAGGAGAAAUAUGGCAGGGCGUUCGUGGACGAUGAUCGUGGUCGACCAUUCGGAGAAACACUCCGAUUUUUACAAUGUAGCCUACUGUAGCCAGAGCUAUUUGACAAAUUUCCUUGUACCUGGAUCGAACCACGCCUACGUUUUGAUAGGCCACGCGCGUCACGCGCUCGUUCUUUCUAUUACAUAUACUGGCACUGGCCAUCCCGCUGUCGAUGGCCAGAUUGCUCUUAACCCCAUUCAAUGUCGCGAUGCUAAAGCCUUCAUCGGGGAAUCGAUAUCUGUUAGCAAAUUUAUUCCUCCUGAAAACUUCGACCUUGCAUUGCUAAUCGUGGAAUUGGAGUUGGCGAAGAAAGACGAUAGAGAUCAACGUUUAGACGCCGUCCUUUUAUCCAAGUAUAUCCUCGAUACCUUUGUCAAGCAGGUAAGAAGUACAUUAUUGCCUCACCUUGUAUAUUUAUAGCUGCUAUGAAUAGUCUUUCCGUAAUCAUUUAUUAUAGGGUAAAUUACGGCCACCAUCUGAGGUAAGGUCAAAUUACGAAAAA